AUGCCUAAAGCCCACAUGAACUUUUCUAAAGAGGAACUACAUUGGAUCCGCAAUGAAGACAAGAUAUCUCCCGAAAUAUACUUCAAAAAAUUCAGAUCAGGCGCUCUUAAAUCUCACGAAGAACACCAGCGUUACUCCCGUUUACUGGGUAUAGGUGGUUUUACGGAGGAGGAACUAGGAAAGCUUCGUAAUGCUUUCGAAUCAUGGAAAAUUAACAAGGCUGCUCAAUUCUGGAUGGAUCGCAGUUCAAGAGAUUCACAAAUCAGAACAGCAGCUGUGUUAGUAAAGGGUUCGGAGGCAUUCGCAAGCGGUUCCAUUAAUAGAAACAAAUGGGAUGAACUGGAUGCGCAAGACGAGGAGCAAGUUAGCCGCAAGCGUCCACAGGAAAUCUUUAGAAACAGCAACAAACUGUCAAAGUCACAACGGAGCUAUGCAGCAGAGACUGGAUUGAAGGAAAAUAAAUACGUGGGACAUUCCGAUACGUACACUGAGGUAGAUGGUUCAAGUCCGCAGAUCGAUGAGCAAAUUCCUUCUUCAGAUACGGCAGCGACAACCACGACCGCUCCUACCAAGCUCGACAAGGUAAUGAUUGCGUCGACAGCUGCUCCGAGGACUAAGAAUGCCAAAAAGCAAUCUGAGGAUGAGAUAGAAGCAGAAUUAAGCAAGCGGCGCAGGGUUAGCUUCGGUUCUACAGUCUCCACCACAACAACAACCUCUGGCUCACUCUACUCAUACCAUGGAUCGGAGACGUCCUCAGAGUCGGAUAGACUACUGACCGCGUUGUCUGAUAGCGUUAUCAACUUUAUCUUCCUUCUGGAGUCGGAGAACCAGAUUUGGGGCUUGCAGGGGGAGGUCCAAGACCAUGUUUGGGAGUCCAUGUGGGACUCUGUGGGCAAGAAAAAGAUCAAUAACUUCAAGUCUACCAUGAUCAUUGAGUGCCACAAAUGGGCAGCGCUGGCAGCAAGUAACAACUUCGACGAGUACUCAAAGCUUUUGAGAAGCAACCCUCCCUGUUUUCCUCUUCUCCACCAGGCCCUGCUGCAGCUGAUCUCGUCGCAACAGCUAUGGACAUUUCCUAGCCUUGAGAAUGAGGCAACUUUUAUUCGAUACCUCAUCGACCCCUGCUUGAAUGUGACAUUUGGGUCGAUCAAGCAUACGAGCAGCAAGUGGUAUGUAAUGUUCUAAGCCUUGUGUUGUGAAUAUCUUUUGUUCAAGAAGUCGCUAAUGCUCUCUUCCUUAUAUUUUAAAAGGACAACUGUGCUGGAUGAAACAAGAGGGCAAGAUUCGCGCCUCCUCUUCCCAGACUUUUCUCUUGUGACCCAACUUCGCGACCAUUCAUGUUCCUUGGUUCAUAUGGAGGGCAAGACCGCUGCUAAUAAGGGCUUGUCACAGAUAUGGGACGACCUUACCAAGCUGGGACAGGAACUGAAGCACUCUCUUGAUGCUAUGAUCGUUCUGGAGCCCAGUGGUCCUGUGUCAGUCAUAGGGAUUCUUCUUAAAGGUAGGAUGGUGCCUCAUGUACCUUUAUGUUGAUUUCAUUGCUAAUAUCGGCUCUUCUGUCUGUAGG